AUGAUGCGCCGUAGUUGUCUCGUGCUUAGCGCCGGCAUGGUGGAGUACCAUGAGUGGCACCUUCAUGAGCCGCUGCUGCAGAACUAUGAGGGCUGGCGCAUCCUAGACAACCCACGCUACGAGAAGAAGUCCGAUGCGUACAUCUACGACUUCACCGGGAGCGUCCGCCACCUUGACCCCAUCAUUGACGAUCCACGUCUCACCCACAAGCAGCGCGUGUGCCGACUUUACCGAUGGGCACUCAAGGAGCUGCAAAUGUGGCUCAUCCAGCUCAACGCACACAAGUUCAACCUUGCCUACAAGGUGGUGCGGCGGCGCUUUGAGAUGUAUCGCUACGUCACGGAUCCGGCCAUGUGUGAUAUGAUGGUGCGCCAGACGCAGAAGUACUUGCGCGAGAAUGCGUGUUUUCACUUUCUCCGCCGCAACAACGGCUCGCCGUGGUCGACGUACACCCUUGCCAACCCCAUGUUUCACCCCGACGGGUCGCAGGUGUACGACCAUUGGACUCACCCAGAGGUGAUGUGGUACGACGACGCAAAACUGCACAGGUGGUCGUCGCACCACCCGAUGUACGCCGGGGCGGGAGAGAUGUCCGAUCGCUUUGGCGACAUGGAUGUGUCGCCACAUCUUCGUCUCCUAACGUGCGCGUUCUUUGGUUGCGUCUUUCUCUACGCUGUUUGCAGCUUCCUUGCCGUCUUUGACCGAGACGUGGACCCACACUUUGAGAAGUGGUGUGCGUCGUUCGACGACAAUCUGAAGGGGGCGCUCUACGCGGCGGAGCGGAACUCGCGCAGCAGGGCGUCGAUGCUGGGAUGGGACUGGGACCGCAUCAUGGGGAAGGUCCCGCAGCAGAGUGGCUUCCACUUUUACGAGGUGCGGCGGUUCGAGUAG